AUGACCUUUCCAACACCAGUCACCGGCACCUUGGAGGUUGACCUUGACCAUGCCAGGACACAGUUCCUGGAGUGCCUCGCAGAGGAUGACAGACACGCUUUUCAGAGUGUCGACAAUCCAGACGAUCUGACCAACUACACUACGCAGUUCAUGACGAAUUCUCAGGUCAAGAAGGCCACUGCAGCGAAGGCGCUGAACAUAGUAGCUGCACUGACUGAAGCUCUUGUGCCCUAUUUUGAGGCACUUGGACUUGUCGCGCAGGGUGUCACAGCAUAUGCUGCGACGGUCUGGGGAUCUAUCCUCCUGAUACUCAAGAUGGCAAGCGGGUUCCCCAGCUUGUUCGGAAGGCUGUGUGAGCUGUUGCUAGAAGUGUCGACACACAUUCCUCACUAUCGAAAGCUUCUAGAACUCUUCGAAGCAGACGCAUCCCUGUGUGGGCAGUCGAUCCCAAGCGAUAUGCUGAACUGGUCCCUGCACGCGCUGUAUCAUGAUCUCCUCGGGCUUUUUGGAACUAUGGGCAGCGUGUUCAACCAAAAAGAAAGGCUAAAUAAUGCGCCUCUGGCCACCCCUGCCAUGUGGUGCCAUCCUUUCGAGUGUCGAUUUGACAAUUUCCUUAAGAAGCUCGUCUUGCACGCCAAAGUGUUCAACUCAGACAUGCACGCGCUAGCACAGAAAUAUGCAGAAUCUUUGCAUGACGCGAAUGCCUCAAGACCAUCAUGUGGGCGUCGUGAGGACAAGCAAGUUGCUUCAUUGCAAAUGAUAUGGCAGACCCUAACUCAAGUUCUUCUAGGCGAACUAAACGCUCGCAUCAAAGCAUGGUUGGCGCCGCCAUAUGCCGACGCCUUCGAAAGGGCUUGGUCUCUUCGUCGACACGCCACGGCAGAUUGGCUAUUCGAGCUCCCAGCGUACAAGUCCUGGUUGACACUCUCUCCAGGGAUGGAUGGGAUGUGCGAGGGGCCUGGCCCUCUACUCUGGGUCAGAGGGAAUUCCGGAACCGGCAAGACCGUCCUCGCCGCUGCGACACUCGUCAACCUCCGAACGUCAGUCUGCUCGAAGAACAAUGGCUCAAAAGUGCUCUCCUACUACUUCUUUGAUCAAGGUAGUCCGAUACAUAAGUCGCGCCGCUCGGCGUAUGCUUCCUUACUGGCGCAAAUCCUCGAUGCGUGCUCCAAAGCUCCAGACAUUCUAAAUGUGUUCGGCUUUGCCAUAACUCGGCAGACUCAAGGACAAGACUUUGCAACCGUCGACGCCAUGGCUGACAUUGUCAGACUUUUGAAGCCACUGUUGCCCGAUUGGUACAUUGUCAUAGACGCUGUGGACGAGUGCGACGAACCCGAGAAGUUCCUGACAUGUCUCUUGGGUCGCGAAUCGACUCACAGAGCGAGGAUUUUGCUAUUCGCUAGACCGUCCGUCAAAUAUCUUUGUCGGAAGGUACCCAUGGCGGAGACGAUCACUAUGACACCCGAGCUCCUGAAUCCCGAUCUGCGCCGCUUUUUUUCGGGCCAUCUCAAGGAGAUACUCAGCUCGAAUCUCUUUGACCACGACACAGACGUCCAGGAGCUAGUUGGUCAUCUUCUCACAGGCGCUCAUGGGGUGUUCCAAUGGGCACAACUCAUGCUUACUUACUUGAAGUCGGAGGUUCCAUCGCCCUCGGCUCGAGUGAGAACAAUAAAAGACCUUACAAGGCCCGAAAAUCUCGAAGCGAUAUAUACACGCAUUCUUACGGUCAUCGUGCGGAAGCCAUAUGUCGAGCGCCUCUUUGCGAGACGCAUGUUUAUGUGGAUUCUCUUCGGUAAAGGCGUCGCUCGUCUUCACCAACUUGAGGACCUGCUUCAGACGCUUUGGCGAGAAAUGGCCCUGAACCUCACAAUAGAAGAUCAGAAAGCUUGUUCAUCUAUUUUUGCAGAUUUUGAGCGCAGUAUCGUGCGAGUAUGUUCUGGUCUCAUCGAGGUGAUAUGGGAGGCGAAUCUUCGAGCCCGGAUCUGCCGCUUUGUCCAUCCGUCGGUCCAUGAAUUCUUCUACAGGAAGUGUUCUCGAGAAAGCGUCCACGUAAGCGUCGGGACGGAAGGCACCGAAUACUUGCAUCCCUCACCCUUCGAGGCCGAGUCGGAGCUGCUGAUGGCUUGUUUUCACUAUCGCCAGGUCCAGGACUAUCAGCCACUUUCCGGAGACGCUUCCGGGGCCGCGUCCAGCACCGCCUUGGAUGAUACUCGACCAUUUCUAAGGUAUGCCACGGUAUUUUGGACAGAGCACCUGGCACAGCCGCCGAAUGCCGCAGGGGAGACACUUGCCGCCCUUCUGCAAGCGCUGGGGGCAUUCCUCGCCGACGGUACGGGCAGGGCGGCCUGGGUCGAAGCACUCUACACGUACAAGGCAGAUUUCAAGAAGAUCAGUUCUGAUCUCUAUCAAUGGGCAUCCAAGGUGUCGGGUUCGUACUCUGGCCCAUAUCAAGAGAAGGUCAAGGAGAUUGCGCAAAUGCUGCAUGUUCUGGUCACGAGUUCUCGUCAGAGGGAGAAGAUAGGGAGGAUCAGACUAUCAGGAGAUCCGACUCUUCUCCGGAAAGACAUCUCUACCUUCACCAAGAAUCCGUUCUUCGCACAGCCUCAGUGUUUGGUGACCGCGACCGUCUCGCAACUUGUGCUCCCACCGAAACCAGAGAGAGUGUCAAUUCUGAGCUCAGCUCCUUUGUGUCAAAUAUCCCGCGAGAAGGAGGGCGGAAACUACUCCGCCACUCUGAAGAUCUGGCCUCCCUUGGAGUUCAGCAACCCAUUCCAAGAUGGCCACCGACACGCUGUGGGUGCUUCCAAUACAAUCUAUCGUGGAUGGAUUGCGCAGUAUCAAAUAUGGGGCACAAGGACCGGCAUUGCUGUUCUCAAGGAACAAUGGGAAUUCCCUCUGAACGAACAGGAGAUUGUAUCCCAUAUGGCUCUUCACCAGAAAGGACCAAGGCCUGACCCGGGAUCUGGCGAUGUUGCAUCCUUAGAGGUUGAUGCUACGCAAUGGUUUCCUGUCAGUAUCGGUGAAAACCUCAACCUGUUUACUGUUCUUCACGCGGUUUACAUUCUCAACCGAGAACGUCCAUGCUCUACCCAACUCGGCGAGACGAUUCACUGUGGCUGGGCACGCAAGUGCCUUCCCAUAAUCUGCGACAAAAGAUCAUUUUCGGUCUUCCAACCCGUGAAUGGCGGCGUUGAAGACCGUGGCUCUAGUGGAGGGAAUGCGAAGGCAUAUCAGAGAGUCUUCAAGACCGCGCGGCCGGCAGGGUCCCGGAUCUUCGUACAUAAUGACCUGGUCAUAUAUCAGGGCAUUGCAAACAGCAGCUGUGACAGGGGACUGGACCACUGCAGCAGUCGUCUCGUGAACGAAAGUUGCUUUAUGGCAAUUUUCAAGAUCGAGACUGAAGCCCGCAAUGUCAGCAUCAGAGCGGUCGCGGUCCUUGAUGGCCUUGAUUUUGCCAACGUGUUCAACGGUUGUGUCUUCCACCCGAGCCUGCCGUUGGUGGCACUCAUCUGGCAUACGGGCUCGUUCUACCACCGCGCUGCGCUCUGGAGUUUUGCCACUCCGAGUCCCAUCAAUUCCUGGGGGGUCAACCAUGUUACGCCAGUUGACUUUCAGGAUGAUAGCGCGGCGACCGACGCAACAGUGCUGGUCAAUUUUGGUCCGGUGGCCCGAGUCCGGUUCUCGGGAUGCGGCAACAAACUACUGGUCGCACUCCUAUACCACAACUACCCGGGAGUUUUCCAUCUCCAAGACAGUCCUGCGUAUCACGCGGCGGUGGCUGAGCACGCAAAGUCGCGAGUACACACGUCUGAACAGCGAUCUGGCAUCUCUCGCAGUGGUUGGUCUCUACACAACGCGCAGUCUCGGCUGUCAAGGCUCUUAGAUCUUCGGCAGCCGCAGCACACGACGCAGCCAGGAGGGCUCGUUGGGCGACGAGACGAGAGCUUUUCUCACGAAGGCUCAAGACUCGAUCAGGCUGGGCAGGACGCCGGCCUAUUAACCAGAGAUGUGAGUUGUGACGAGAGAGAUAUGGUUCUGUCCCGGUCAGCGUCUGAAGAGAUGGGCCUAAGCCGAGUGAGCGUUCACUCGCCUACGAGAACCAGCCAGGACGAGAUCGACUUCAGCGUGGAUCGAGCGCAAGAGUCGUGUUAUGACUCGUGGACGUCAAUCGGACCGCCGCCUCGGACCACCUCAACCGUCGGUGGGGUAGCGCCUGACCAGAAGACGAGCUAUCAGUUUGACCAAGCGCCGAGUCCGUGCUAUAGAGAGGGAGAGGCGAUGAUAGUCUCGCAGCUAACAGCCAACACGCAGGACGGUCAAGCCAUAGUGUCUUUUGGAGAGACGAGCAUGGUCUAUCAGUAUGACCAGGCACCGACGCCACGUUACAGCCUGGGAGAGGUAACGCAAGAGCCCUCGACAAUGGCUAUGACGACCGACAUGCAAGGAACAGCAGCAGCAGCACCACCACCACCACCACCACCGGCGAGAAAGACGAGCAUGCAGCAUCAUCAGUACCAACAAGCGCCGACACCAUAUUAUGGCUGGGUCGAGUGCACCCUCGUGGACCAAGUCAGAGCAACAGCACCUGCCAGAAUACAGCAGUGUCUCGUUCGAUACGAGCAGGACGAAGCACAAAGCCUGGAGACGCCAGCCUGGCAAGAGAGUGCAAGUGCCUCCGUGGCUGACUCUGCGGCUGUUCCUCUCGAAGACUGGAGUCUGCAACCUCAGCCUGAAAAUGUGCCCAGCGACGUCGUGCCCGGUCAAGGACCCGUUCAAUCCGCCCUGGGAGAGGGAGGCGGACGUGGACGUGGACACAGACGGGUUCGAGUGCGGAGUCGGCGUCGUCGUCGUGGUCGUGGGCGUGGGCGAGGACGUGGUCGUGGAGGGGGAGGAAGUGGUGAUGGGGAUGGGAAUGGGAAAGGGGGCGUCGAGCCAGCGGAAGCAGUGGAAGGAGAACAGGUCAAGAGGCUCGGCUUUGAGUGA